AUGGUUGAGCCAACGUACUUCCUCGCCUGUCCGAUCUUCGAGGACAAUGGCUUCCAAGGCAGGCUCAGGGGCGUACCAGAAGAUAACACAGAGGGCAUCGACAUGGAUUUUCUGCGCCACGAGCUAGCAAAAGCCGAGGCUGAAGCAAUCGAAGACUCCAAGAAAGCUGAUCGGGUUGAUCAGCCAACUUUAAAGGUGGGCAAAACGUACCCAAAGCUUUAUAAGUAUGUCAUCUACCUUGUUCCGACAUUUUCGAAUCCCAGUGGAAAGACGCUUUCUAUAAAAACACGUAAAGAACUUGUCGCGCUCGCUAGAGAGUACGAUGCCCUCGUCGUGUCCGACGACGUCUACGACUUUCUGUGCUGGGCAGAUAUCUCGUCUAUCCAAGAGCAACCUAUUGCCAUCGUCCCGCCACGACUCGUAGAUGUAGAUCGAAACAUGCUAGGCUACAGCACUUGGGGAAACACGGUCAGCAACGGGUCGUUUUCCAAGGUGAUUGGCCCUGGUGUGCGAGUAGGAUGGGCGGAUAGCGCUCCGGCUUUUGCCAAAGAACUAGCGGAGGUGUAA